AUGAAUUAUAAUGAUGGAUUACGUCAUAAAAAUUCAUCAAAACGGAAAAAUCUUAAACCAGUUCUGGAGUUUCCUCCGGAUAAUGACUAUUUACAGGCACAACUCCAUACAGAAGAAACGUAUGCUGAAGCAUAUGAGCACUUGCAAUUAGAUAUAGUUCAAUUACAAACAGAAGUAGAUGCAUUACGUCUUGAAGCUGAUUUGGCUGAAAAAAGAGAAAAAUCAAAUCAGUAUGAAAACAAAGAAUUUAUGCAAAGACAUGCUGAUCUUUACAAUUUCGAUGUAACUGCCGAAACCCUUAGAGAAAAACAAAGCCGAAUUGUUACUUUACAACAAAAAAGUUGUGAUUUAGAAAAUCAAAUCACUCAACUUCGAAAAAAUACAUCUCCAACUGCAUUAGUAGAUCUACGAGUUGAAAUUGGUCUCAUUAAAAAAGAUAUUGAAAGAUAUAAUGAUUCAAUUGAUACUCUUGCACAAGAGAGAAAGAGAGUUGGAAGAGAAAUCGAGAUACAACGCCAAAAACUUGGUCUUGAAUUCAUAGGAGAUAAUCAACAAUACAUUGCUGAACUCAAAAAUUUGCUUUUGCAUAAGCAAGAAAUAUAUGAACAAUAUAAACAAGAUAUACAAGAUUUGAAGAAAGUUAUCGAAGAUGGCAACAAACUCGGAUUUAAUAAUGAAAUUUUACUAGAAAGAAAUUUAUCUACUGCCCAAAACAAAUAUAAUGCUUUAAUGGAACAGUAUGUUAAGCAGACCAAAGAAUUUGAAUCAAAUGAAGUGAAUCAAAGGCAACAAGCGAGAAUUGAGAAAAAAGUUACUCCUAUUUUCUUUAAUCAAGAGGAUGAAGAGAAAAAGAGUUCAUCCCGUCAUAUGGUUGGUGAAUUACCGAAGCCUAAGACAACAGGAUACAUUCCAACACGUAAUAUUUCUGAGGAUAAUUUCGAUAAGUUAGAUACAGGAGAAAAGAGAGUCCAACGUGCAGGAAACAAAAGAGAAUUCAUUGAAUCUCAUAAAAAUCCAUCUCCUCCCAAAAAUGACAAAAAUAUUACUGAAUCUAAAGGUAAAGUUGAAGAAAAGCAACCUGAGCCUAAAGAUAGCGCUAAAAAUGUUGAAAAUAAACCACCUGAGGUCGUUAAAAAGCCAGAACAAAAAAUUGAGAAUCAAAAUACCAAAAAUGAAAGUAAUAAACCUGUUACAACUGAACAGAAUAAAGAAGUAUCAAUAUCCAAGCCACCUGCUUCAAGUUCUCAGCCAAAACAAAGUAGUUCUCCUUCAACUUCAAUUCAAAUGCCAACACCUUCUCCAACUGGCUUUGUUUCUUCUAGAAGGACUAUCAAUAUCACAAAUCUUCGUAAUGAGCAUGUUGCAAGAGAAAUUUGUACAAAAUUUGGAACAAUUCUUAAUAUUACUGAAGAUGAGCGAUCAACUCGUGUUACAUUCAUCAAUCAUGAAGAAGCUAUGAAAGCUCUUAUUGGUUCGAACGGUCAGAAAGUUGAAAACGUGUUUUUGAACAUAAGUUGGGGACCUGAACCAGAAUCUGUGAAGAAACUUCAGUUAGAAGAGAAACCUGCACCUAAAGAAACAAAACCUCCUGUUGUUAUCAUAGAACCUCCAAAAUCUCAAGAAAAUUCAAAGCCAAAAGAACAAAUUCCUCAAAAAGAACCUCCAAAACCACAAGAGCCUGUAAGGCAGCCUGAUCCUGUUAAGCCUAAAGAAGAAAUUAAGCCUCCAAAACAAAAUGAUAAAAAAGAUUCAGAACCUGAAAUUGAAGAAGAGAUUAUUGUUGAGGAAUCUUCAUCACUAUCAAGUUCUUCGUCAUCUUCAUCAUCUUCUGAUUCUAAAAACAAAAAACAAGAAAAUAAAAAGUCAGAUUCCGAAAAAGAAAAGAAAGAAGAAGUUCCUGAGAAGAAAGAAACUGAACAUGUUGAGAAAAAGGAAGAGAAGCCUCAAGAAAAGAAAGAAGAUGUUAAAAUUGAAGAAAAAUCUUCGAGUAGUAGUGAAAAAGAAGAAAAGAAAGAACCAGAACCAAUUGUUGAAGAAGAAAUCAUCUUAGAUGAAAGCUCUGAUGAUGAUUUUGAUAAAACCAAAACAAUUCAACCAAGUGGACAAGUUUUCAACAGUUCUUCCACUUCUGAAUCAGAUAUCAUUAUUGAUGAAGCAUCAGAUGAUAUAAAGGAAUCAUCUUCGGAUCAUCCAACGAAACAACAAGCAGAUCCUCCUACAAAUCAAGAAUCUUCUGAUGAUGAUGAAGACUCUGAUGCAUUUUUCUAA